UUCUUGGAAGUUUAUUGAUGUCAGUGCAAAAUGAAUAUAACAAAUGUUAUUCAACGACGGGAGAGAGGAUUCGGAAUAAUAUGUGAUUACGACAUCGCCCUUCAUCGCCUGAAAUGCUACUACGAUGAUGUAUAUCGUGGAAUAACUCCGAAUGUAAAUGCAGCUGAUUACAAUCCUGAGCCACCGGUGUUUGCAUGCCGUUUCUGCACCACGCCAGGAUACGAAGAGAUUCUUGCCUUGGCAAACGAAGAUGGAAAAGUCGCUUUUCAAGAUACCAAAAUUAAGAAUGAAAAUAAUCUACCAUUAGAAGGAACACAGGCACACUGUAAUGCAAUCUUCGAUAUUGCUUGGAUGCCUGGGGAGAUGAAACUGGUUACAGUAUCAGGAGAUCACACAGCACGUUUAUGGGAUGUCACAAGGCCUGAAAUAAAACAAAUUAAUAACUUUGAUGCACAUUCAAGAAGUGUAAAAACAGCAGUAUUUCGCGAUGAUGACAGAGCUGUCUUUGCAACGGGUGCUAGAGAUGGUUUCAUCAUAAUAUGGGACGUUAGAGCCAAUCACAAUGAUCAUCCUAAGCCAGAUAAUUGCAUUGCUAAUGCGCACAGUUAUGGUGGCUUCAGCAAUACAAAAAAGAAGUCGCACACUCAACCAUCACGAGCGCAUAGUAUUACCGGCUUAGUGUUUCAAGAUGAUUUUACACUAAUCUCUUGCGCUGCAGGCGAUGGUCUGUUAAAAGUGUGGGACUUGCGCAAGAAUUACACUGUCCACAAGAAAGAGCCAAUAGCUAAGCAUUUAAUGAAUUAUUCAGGGAAUAGUACUAGGAAUGGCUUCUCCUCGUUGUUAAUAUGUCCGGCUAGAAUUACAUUAUAUGCAAGUUGCAUGGACAACGUUAUAUAUGCUUAUAAUAUAUCGUCGUAUAAUCGUAAACCGGUGGCAGAAUAUCAUGGACAUCAAAAUCAUACAUACUAUGUAAAGACUUGUUUGAGUUCCGACGGCCGCUAUCUAGCCAGUGGAUCCAGCGAUGAACUCGCGUACAUUUGGAACACUAGCAGACCGGGCGCACCACUAGUUAAACUUUCCGGUCACACAGAUGAAGUCACUUGCAUUGCAUGGUGCAGUACUGGAGAAACUAAGAUAGUGACUUGCUCCGACGAUGCUUGUCAUAAAAUAUGGAGAAUUGGACUGGAACAUGAAGAAGAUAACAAAGAAGUAAUAAUACGUGGUCAAGCUGAAGUUGUGGAAAGAUACUUUUUAGAAAAAAUGAAACUGGAAACUACUCCAAGUUCUCGACACUCAAAUACUUGUCAGGAAACUACACCAAGUUCAGAUGAACACAAGGCAUCUACUCUUACUCCAGUUACGACUCCCGAAUCUAGUAAGGAAGAUUACAAUAGAAAUAAACACAAUUCUACCAAACGUAGUUAUCUGCAAAUGAUGAUGGGAUCAAGAUCUGAGGGAAAGUUUAAAUGUAUUUUAUCGCCUAUUCAUGAAACCCACGAGAUGGUUGUGAAACGAGUUCACAUGGAUAAUCGUGGUAUGCGAAGGCUGUUUAGUUCAAGUAACGAGAGCCCUAGUACGAGUAGAGAUAACAAUUUGGACGAACCUAGUACGAGCCAGUCCACGAGCAAGAAUGAAGCUAUUUUUUCGCCUACAUUAAACUUGCCAAAUUUCGUAAUGGAUGGAACGGCGCCGCAUUUGCUUGAAAUAUCACCACAAAAGUACAAGGAGAAUGUCGAUUGGUUAACGAAAAUUAGGAAGGAGAGAUACGAACAAAAGAAGACGGCGUCAGUCUCAAGUAGUCCGAAGACUCAAUCGACACCUAGUCGAAGAUUCAAUAGGUCACGAUCAACUGAACCCCAAAAAGUUACAAAAACAACAAAAAGUGUUUCUUUAUUGAACUUCUUUAAAGUCACUAGUAGAGACAACGAAAAGGAUCUAUCUUCGAAUAAAAAUAAUUUGCCAUCAACUUGA